UACUGGGAACAAGCAACAACUUCGGAAAGAAGCCACAUCCCUCAGCCAUCCAAAGCCAAGUAUGGAUGAUUGCUAGCAAAAAUGAUGGCUGUAUCGAUUCCACCGAGUGUUCAUUCCUUAAUUCAAGUAGUGAAUGAAUCAAAUUUAGGAAAAAUAGAAAGUUUUCUCAACGACACAGCGUACAGGGAAGCCAUUGAGAACUCUUCUAAUUACAACACAAGACUAUGCAGGGAACGGAGACUACGAAUGCCUUUUCUAGACUCACAGACAGGAGUGGCACAGAAUCAUUCUGCGCUGUUCAUGUCUGCGAGAGAACGAAUACCGGGUCUUUUACACGGUCAAAUCUACACAUAUCCAAGCAAACGGUGGAGGAAAAAGCGACGUCAAUACCUCAUGCAUUAUCUCCAUCCAAAACGAGUGAGAGGUGACAUUGAAGAUGGAAUUGAACAUGUAGAAAUCACCUCAGGAAUAAAUGAUGAUAGUAAAGAAUCUUUAGCACUUAAAGAUGAACAUAGUAAGGAUGGUUGGUAUUACGAUGAACAAGAUAUGUUGGAUAUGGAGGCCUUCGAUGAACCCGAUCCCGAUAGUGAUUUUGAUUACGAAGAAAGCUAUAGCAGUAAACGAAAACGGAGAAAACCUCGAGGUGGCGGACAUCAUCCCGGAAGGGGUCAUCCUCCAGUAGUCGACAGCCCUGGACCAAAGCGGACGAAGGGUGGAGGCAGAGGUCGUAAGAAGGCAAACUAUGACGCCACAGAUGCUGAUAAACCAUUCGUUUGUGACCUAUGCAGCGCACGGUAUAAAACCAGACCUGGUCUGGUCUACCAUUACGGUCAUUCCCACUCUACUUCCUCCGGUGAUCUUGCUAAGGAACUAAGUCCCAGUCCUGCUGAUGUUGAAUCUCGGAGCACAGCAGACGCCGCUGUUUCGGACCAGUCAGGUGGUACACGUCGGGGUCGUCAGAACACUGCUUCCUCAAGUACCUCGACUCCCUCUCCCGCAGCACCUGCUACGCCUGCUGCGGGGGCACCGCCUCAGCCUCAGCAGCAGCAGCAGCAAACGCUGCCUCCACUUCCGAUGAACAACGCUCCAGCUUCACCUACUGUCUCAGCUCCAAAGGAUGAAUUUCCGCCCACUGCACCAUCGCCUGGAAUCAUCGAUCCAAUGUCAGCGUCAAUUAAAAUCGAAGGAGGACCACCGACGCCAGGAUGUCCGGAGAAAAAAAUCGGCAAAUCUGCUCAACCCUCGCCUUAUUGUGACUUCUGCCUCGGCGAUGCCAGGGAGAACAAAAAAACCGGUGGCUCCGAAGAACUCGUCUCCUGCAGUGAUUGUGGCCGUUCAGGUCAUCCAACUUGUUUGCAAUUUACUGCAAACAUGAUCGUUUCUGUCCGCAAGUACAGGUGGCAAUGUAUUGAAUGCAAAUGUUGCUCUAUAUGCGGCACCUCCGACAACGAUGACCAGCUGCUGUUCUGUGAUGACUGUGAUCGUGGAUACCACAUGUAUUGUCUGGCUCCACCACUCUCUUCUCCUCCUGAAGGCUCCUGGUCGUGUAGUCUCUGUUUAGCAGAAUUCCAUCGACGCGACUGAAUUGAUUUCUAUCAAUGAAAAAGUUCAACGAUCCACCCAUCGCUGUGAAAUAACAGACGCUUUUGAAUUAGGAGAGUAUUUUGAACUUACGCUUUUCCGGCAUCUCGUGCUAUUUUAAAACAGUUGUUUGAAAGCAGCUAAACAAACUAGAGUUCGACAGUUUAACAAUUAGAUAAUAUUACAGAGCAUUUGAUAGAAUAUAACAAAAAAAAUAUUUUUAGUUGAUUUUACCAUUGAAUUUUAAAUUUUAUUUACACAAAAUAUAAAAUUUAUUUUAAUUUUCUUCUUCUUUGCUUUCAAUUUUAUUUUUUUAACGAAAGUUUCUUUUAAAUUUGAUUUGUUAAAUUACAAAAAAGGGAUAGACUUUAGUUGAUUUUUUUUUAGAGAAAAGUGUAGAGAUUAAUUAUUUUCUCACUUGAGUAAUAUUAUCACACUUGAAGACUCUGGUAAAAGUUGAAUCUGAUUAUUGUAAUUGACUAAUGCCCUUGAAAGAGUUCAGAUGUUCUCUGCCAUUAAAAAAAAAAUACUCAAUUUUUAAGUUUUUAUUAAUGUACUUUUAUAAUAGACAAUUUGAAAAAAGUCUUCCUUUGAUUGAUCAACGAUAACCUUUUUUUUUUUUUGAACUUUCAUUAUGGUGCAUUAGAUAUCUCAGGCAUUUAUGAUCUCAAGUGAUUAAAAAAUAUUUAUAUUUACAAUUUACAAAAGAAAAGUUUUGUCAGAAUUUUUUUUUUUAGAAAAAUGACGAAACUUUUUGAUUUAAUUGCAGCUAAUUGUACAAAUAACGUAGAUCAUUUGGAAGUAAUUUUUUACAUUUUGAAAUAAUGAUAUUCACACAUUGAUUAUUGACUUAAUUUUAAUUAUCUUAAUCAUAGUAAAGUUUAAGAUUGAUGCUAAUCGUAAGACAUCGAAAUGACUGAAAAUAGUUUUACAUUUCUUAAAAUACAAUACUCUCCUAGUUCUCGUUUAUAUUCUAUUGUCAUAUAAGAAAUUUUUUGUUUCCCAUAUUUUGUCCAUUUUUACAUAAAAUUUAACGAAAAAGAAGAAUGCUUCGAUAUAAAUUAUCAAAUUGGAUUUUACAUUUCGACAAUUUAUUCUUAAGAUCUUUACUAAUUAAGAUUUGAAACUCAAAAGAGCCCUAAAAUGAAAAUAUGAAGAAAAAGAAAAGAACGACAUUGAAUAUUCUAGGAUGAGAUAAUAUUAAUCUUUAAGUGUCUCGUAAAAUCAUAAUAGAACUUCUUUGUUUAUCUGAAUGUACCAUGAUACUCAAGCUUUUACAUUUAACGACAUAGCUCAUGGUAGCAGUAUAGAUAUAACAAACUAAUUCGAUAUUGCCAAUUAUUAUGUUUUUUAACAACAUAAUGCCCUUGGUUGUUUAGCUCAGUAUUUUUGUAUUUUAUAUAUAUAUCAGAUGUACUUAAUUUAAAAACUACUGCAGUGGUGAUAUAUUUUCUACUCACUGAUUGUAAAACCCGUGUUUUCUUUCUUUCUUUUAUCAUUUUUUUCCUUUUCUCUUGUUCGUUUGAAUUUAUACAAUACGAAAUAGAUUUAUAAUAAUAAUCGCGUGGAAUUGCAUAAUGUUUACUGCGAAUUUCAAAUGAAAACUUUUGCGUUCGAAUCGAUUUUAAUGUCUUCUUCGAACAUAAUUUUUAUACUGCUUAUUUUUAACACAUUGUAUGCAACAUUAAAUAAAUAUUAGUUUAUACAAAUGA